CAACCGCCUGCGACCCAAACACCCAAGGCCGGGUGCACUUUGGAGCGGUGCUGCUCCUCGGCCUUCCGGUGCGAGGGCCGGGGAACCUCCUCCCCUACUGGGCACCCCCACCUUCGUGGCCCAGAACCUCCCCCCCGCCCCUCCUUCGCAGGGGGGAGUGGGGCGACGGUUGCCGGGAAGCGCGCGCCGCCCCUCCCUCCCUUCAUCCCCUCCUCCAUCCUCCCCUCACGCGCCACCCGUUUUUCCACUUUCUCCGUUAAUAACAGCUGGGUGGCUGGGGGAGGAGGGAAGGUGGCCCCGGCGGAGUCUGGGCGGGUGCCUCCCACUCACCCACGAGCCGCCGUGUGAGCCGGAGGAUGGCGGCGGUAGCUGCGGCCGCCCGGGAGGAGGCGGUACCGAGGCCCGGGGCGCAGAGAGCGGCGACGACGGCAGAGAGCGGCAGCGACCCGUCGCGGCGCACUAGAACCGAAACCAGCGGCAGCCGCACAACCACCUGAGCCGCCCCUCCCGCCGGAGCUGGCGAGUGGCGUCCGCCGCCGCCCGACCUCCUUCCUCUCCUCUCCUCGUUUCCCGCGACCUCCCGCAGGCCGCCGGUCUCGCCCGCCGCCCCCAACACAAGAGCGCGCCGGGCGCCGACCGCCCUUAGGGGCGCCGAGCGGCGGCCCUGGACGUGCGGGCUUCUCCUUGCGCCGGCCGCGGCGCCUCGGCCCUGCCCGCUCGCUCCUGCGCUCGCUCCCGCCCUCCCGGCGCUCGGGGCGCCGCGCGCGGGCCCGGCCCGGGGCAGGGCGGCCAUGGGCGCCAAGCAGAGCGGCCCGGCCGCUGCUAACGGCCGCACCCGCGCCUACUCGGGCUCGGAUCUACCUUCCAGCAGCAGCGGAGGGACCAAUGGGACCGCGGGCGGCGGCGGCGGCACCGGGGCGCGGGCCGCGGCCGCGGGGAGGUUUCCGGCUCAGGUGCCCGGCGCGCACCAGCCCAGCGCCUCCGGCGGCGCCGCGGCGGCCUCGGCGGCCCCGCGCAGUCGCUCGCUCGGCGGGGCCGUGGGGAGCGUGGCGUCGGCGGCCCGCGCGGCGCAGUCCUCCUUCAGCAUCCCCAACAGCAGCAGCGGCCCGUACGGCUCGCAGGACUCGGUGCACAGCAGCCCCGAGGACGGCGGCGGCAGCAGAGACCGGCCGGCGGGCGGGGGCUCCGGCGGGCCGCGCCUGGUGAUCGGCUCCUUACCAGCGCACCUCUCGCCGCACAUGUUUGGAGGAUUUAAGUGCCCCGUAUGCUCAAAAUUUGUACCUUCAGAUGAAAUGGAUUUGCAUCUUGUGAUGUGUUUAACAAAGCCAAGAAUAACCUAUAAUGAGGAUGUACUGAGUAAAGAUGCUGGGGAAUGUGCAAUAUGCCUUGAAGAAUUGCAGCAGGGAGAUACUAUAGCACGACUGCCUUGUCUAUGCAUAUAUCAUAAAGGCUGCAUAGAUGAAUGGUUUGAAGUAAAUAGAUCUUGCCCUGAGCACCCUUCAGAUUAAGCAUCAACUUCCUGUUUUAUAGGUUUUCUUGUCUUUCCAAGAUGCUUGAAAAACUGAGAGGAUAUGAGGAUCUGUCUUUGGAAAAAGAAAAACAAAACUGCAGGCAUAUUCAGCCAGAAAUCUGAGUUCUGUGAGACUUGGUAAUGCAGAGAUGGACAAUCAAUCAUACAGGGGGAUAACCCUGCUGAAGAGAGGACAGUUGCCACAGAACUCAGUGUACCAAACAUGCAUAUAAAGGACACACAGGGAUUUUGAAAAUGCUGCACAUCCCUUAAUAGUCAUCUACAUAGGUAACACUGAUAAACAUUUUGUAUUCAGACGCCAAAGUUAAUUGAUUUAGAAGUUGAUUUUAUUAAGUUCUGUAGAGCCGCGCAACUAGUUGUGUUUUGACUUGUUUUUUAGUUGGGGGUCACUUUAUUUUCCCCAAGACAAUGUUUCUGCAUUCAUCUGUUCUUAAACUGAAGACCACAUAACGUACUUCUUAUAAAUUAAAGUCUUAAAUGUGAAACCAAGAAAUGUAAUCAAGCAGUAAAACAUUGUCUGAAUGUAGACCAUGAUCUCAAGUUCUUCAAUUUUUUUUUCCCCCAAGAGUGGAAAUAGACUUCUACAUAGGAGAGCUAAAGUAUGUUAAUAUUUGAAAUGAAAGGUGUAGCAGUACCAGAAUGCAGUCCAAAGAGUAAAUCAAGUUACAUAAUUGCAUUUUAAUGAACUAAAUUGAAUUGCGAUUUAUUAAAUGUAUUUUUUCCUCUUAAGUAAAACUGCUCAAUAAUCAGUAAUGAAUCAUCUUGCAGCUAUGCAACUUUAAAAAUAUAUAUAUAUAAAUUACCAAUUUUAAGUGCUGCCAGCUAUAAUAACUUUGUUUUAACGGGUAUUUUUAUUUGUUCUUUUCAUGUAAUUAUUUUAUUGUGCUUUGCAUCUCCAGACAGUUUUCCCACAUUUGGGUAGAAUGUUUAGCAGGUUGUAAACUUAGUAACUUAUGAAAAGGGUAAAAUAUAAUUUUCUUGAAUGGCACUUGGAAUAAUUUGAGGGACAUUUUAUAUACUUUUAAAAAUCAAUUUAAUUGGGGUGCCAGAUUUAUAGCAAUUUGCAUCUUUAAUUUUCCAGAUAAUCUGGAGGUUAGUGUUUGAUAAAUGAUUUUUUAAAGCAAAUAUGAAGAUUUUGUUAAUUUAUAAUUUAUUAAUGUGUUAUUACUGUAAUUGAAAAUGUUAUAGAGACUUUUAAAUUCAGUCUUGUGUAGAAGGAAAUGUAUUAAGCAAAAUUAUGUGAAUAAAUAUUCCCACAAAAUACAUUUGAAUGGUUAAAAAAUACUGGAAGAGAGCAAUCAGGGCUACAAUAGUGAAUGUCUUUUUUUUUUUAAUAUAAAAAGAUACCAAUAAGUAGAUUUCAUAUUUUCAUCAUAUAGGGAAAAUGUUAUCAGUGAACAUUUAAGCAGUGCACUUUACUUGGUAUAAUUGAAAGUUGCACAGUACUGUUUCCUUAUUUUAAACUGUAUUUAAAUAUUUGCUUUUCUAUUUAAUGCUGCUACUCUUAUUCUCAAAUUUUUUCCCUAUUUCUGCUUCUGUUUCAUAUUUUUUGAAAGGGCAUGUACAGGAGCAGCUGCUGCUACCCAGAAAAAUUGGUGUUUUAGAAGCAAUUAAAAGAAUUUUUCAUUGCUUUUUGUGUGAUCCUAGACCAGAUAACAUUUUCCCUAAAGUUAUGCUGUGAAAUGCCUUUAGUUAUGCUGCAAUUGACAAAAGCAUCCAAAACCUCAGUUGUGACCACGGACAGCAUGAUUUCAUAGGUGCUUUUUAAACCAGUUAUGGGAAAUACUCUUCCCUCAAGGAAAAUAUUCUUUCCUUAAAUUUUUUUCUGUUAUCAUGAAAUCUUAAUACGAAUCCAUUUUGUUUCACAUUUUUAAUUUUGAAAGCUUUCACACAUAGACACAUACCCACUCCCCCCCAGGAGAAGCCUCAAAGUAUUCUUUGAGUCUGUGAAUGAUUCAUUUUUUCUACUACUGGUAUAUUGUUAUGGUAAGAAUUAUUUUGUUGUCUUCCGUUCUUGAAGGCAGAGAUUAACUCUGGCUAUGGUAAUUACCUAUUAAUAUUCUCCUGGAAGUUGAUUUUCAGAUACGAUUUACUCAUGGACUUUUUAAUUUCCUAAGCUUAUGCUCUUUUCCUUGUUUGUCUGUACCGUACUCUCGGUCUCUCGCUCAGCCUCUGAUUGUCAUAGGGUCCUGUGCGGCAGCUGCUACAGUGGGAGCCCUGUGCUCUAGAAGAAAGUUCAGUGUUUAUUUGUGUCGAGUGCUAUUUGAUUAUUAUAUUUGUCUAGAACAGUAUUUACUUAAAAUCUGUUUAUAGCAAUCCCUUUUUUGUUAAAAUUGACAGAGGUUAGCAUUUUUUUAUUUUAAGUUCAGUCUCCAUCAGUGAUUCCCUAAAAGAGAAAUUGAAAAGAAAAUGUUUUUAUAGCCCAGAUACUCUGGUUUUUAUUCAAAGUCAAAGUUGCUACUCUGGAAAAUAGUACAAUAUUCUACAUAAUGUGGCUUACAAUAUUUGUAAAUCUGUACGUGGACACGGAAUAGUGUUAAGUAGGAUAUAAAAUCACAUUAGAUAUAUUUAAGUACGUAGCUUGAAACUACUGACAACUGAAUAUUAUGGAGGCAAAAUAAAGAUAAACCUAGACACCCAAGUUGGUGGUAGCUUUCUAGAAUCUUUGUAAAUACAUGUUUUCCAAUAAGAUCACACUUACAUAUUUAGAAAGCAAUAUGUUCUGAAAUUUCACUUUAGUGCCACUCUUCAUAAUGGGUUUAUUGCCAAUUUUGACUCCUCGUUUUACUUUGAUCUGGCUCUUUGGGUUUUGUUGUUUUUGCCAGAAUGUAUAAGAGAUAGUAAGAUUAUUCUAUCUUACUUCUUGACUUUUUGCCAGAGAAAUUAGACUAAGCCUCAUCUUAAUCUCUGUUUUUCAGAUCUGGUUAUAAAUCUGAUAUAGAUUGUAUUUUAAGAGCAGUGUUUGUGAUUGAAAUAUAAAUAAUGGUUUCUAUAACUGAUUUUUUUUGUGAUAGCUGAACCACAUUUAAAAGGCCAUGUUGUUAACCUGCAUGCUAUAUGGGUUUUGGUUUCUUAGUGCAAGUCUUAUAUUUCUUUUAAAUGUUACACUGUUAUUUCAGUUCUCACCCACUAAACACUGUAUUAGAAUGUAGCCCAAAAUGCCUGAGGGUGUGGCACUGUUAGCAUAUUUGCAAUAUGUAUUUUGAAAAGAUUUCAGGUUAAAAAUGUAUACAUGAAAGUGGCAUAUUCCUUUUCAAAGCUUAUUUUACUUUCUAAAUUUGGGUAUAAUGAAGUUUAAGAGCAGUUGUUUAAAUUAACUUCCUGUAUAGCAAGACUAAGAGAUAUUUCUUUAAAUGAAAAAGACAAUAAAUUAAAUGUAAAUAUUACCUAAUUUUAUAUACUAACUUGGAGAGUUGAAGAAAGGAAAUUUCCUAACAAGGAGCUACUACAUUCGAACAAAGCAUGAAACUCUUUCUAAAAAUUCAAGAAUAAUUGAAUUUCGUAUCUGAUUGAUAAUCCAUAUUAUGCAUCAAUAAUAUCCAAACCAUCUAAUUUUUUUCCACAGAGCAAGUUUCCAUAUAAAUCAGAUUAUUGAGAACUUUGUAAAACUGCAUAGAGGUAAAUGUUGCUUAUUAAUUGUGAGUACAGUUUGUUAGUUGCAGGAAAUCUUCUGGUUCAUUGGGGCCAUUUUCUUGCAGUUGGAUCUAUCCUGAGGUGAACUCAAUACAUAUUGACAAUGUGUUAAAUGUGAAGUGUCCCUUGUUCUUGUACAGAUACUAAGUUUAAAAAAAAAAAAAAAUUCCAGCAUGCCAGUAUUUUGUCUUUGGCCUAUCACCCCACAACCCCUUUUUUGAAGUGUGUAACUUCUGAUUUUUUCUUUGCUAUAUUGUGAAUAACAGUAAAUUAUCUGUUUUAUUGUCUACUUUUCUUCUCUAUCCAGAUCUUUUCAUUCUGAAACUAAAUUGCUCCUUGGUUUUCUUUAGAGAAAGUUGCUACGUGGUAAUACUCCUACUAGUGAUUCUUACUGGGGAACAGCUGAAUGGGUACAACUUUUGGUAAUAACUUACCCAGGCAGUACUUUGAGUGCCAUAUUCUGUGAGUGCUGUGUUUUAAGUUAGGAAGCUGAAUGUUCUUUUUAAAUCACAGAAUUCCUGAAUUGAAUGGGAAAUACCUGGUCUUUGAAGUUCAGCUGAUUCUCUGGAAAGAACUAAAAGCAUUGAAGAAAACCAGAUAUGUUAAUAUUAAGUUUUAGCUGAAACAUUACUAUACUUAGGGGGGUUGGUUGGUAUAUUUUCAGAUACUUAAGCCAUCAUUAAUUGUAGACCAGUGGCUAAUAAUAAGAUAAAUUGUUGGUUGCUUGUUUAUAGAGAAGCAAAGAGCAGUAUGGCAUAAACUCACAUCCCAGAAAUAAAGGAAAAAUUUUAAAGUGAUAUUGUAGUAUCUGUCAACCAACACUGUGCUUCUUAGCUCUGCCCUGGACUGUGAGGCACCUGUCAGGACCCCACGUCUUAGAAUAUGUGACUGAUUUCUCCUAUUAUAAAUUUUCAUGCCUUCCUUUUUGAUUUGAUAUGCUGAGAUUGAUAGGUACCAAUGGUUUAAUGUUUAUAAACGUACAGUUUGCCUGUGCCCUCUUUCCAGUGAACCUGGUGCUAGCAUUUUGAAAAGGUUACAUUUUAGUCAAUAGCAUUUUGGACACCUGUGUGCAUAUGAUACAGUUAACAGACCCUAUGGGGAGAUAAAAAGAGAUUUUGGAAUUUGAUGAUGGUAUUGGUCUUUAUUACAGAAAUCCAUUACAUUUUAUUUCUUUGCAAUGACUGAGUAUCAGUUUCUUAGAAAAUCACAGUAAUAAUAUUCAUUGCUUUGUUCAUGGUUUCAACAAUGACUUCUGUAAUACCUCUUACUUUCCUCUAUUAGAAAGUACUUUCCUAUUAAAUAAGGUAUCAGAAGCAUCCAUCACAAGAAAUAUAGAAAGUGUAUUAGGAACAACUUGUAUUAGUAUGUUCUAAACUAAAAUGGAACAAUUAAUUACUGCCAUUUUAAUAAAUAAAACUUCCAAAUGAUCUUGCCAAAUUAUCCUGUUAUUUAGAAAUAGAAAAUAGAAUGUUUUCGAGGGAAUUUGUCAUAUCUGCUGUAAUGUCUAGAAGUUGACAGUAUAUUACAAUAAAACAAUUAUCUGAUUGCUGAAAGGUUACCAUGAAUUAACUGUUUAUCUAUUUUUGUACACCCAUUAAGUUAAACGUCUAAAAUAGCUUGAGAAACAACUAUGGUGGUAAUGAACAAAGAGGUCUUCAUUACCAUAACCAGAAGUAAAAAUGUACUUUGAAAUUUCUUUUUUUUUUUUUUUAAGAUUUUAUUUAUUUAUUUGACAGAGAGAGAUAGCGAGAGCAGGAACAGAAGCAGGGGGAGUGGGAGAGGGAGAAGCAGGCUUCCCGUGGAGCAGGGAGCCCGAUGUGGGACUCGAUCCCAGGACCCUGGGACCAUGACCUGAGCCAAAGGCAGACGCUUAACGACUGAGCCACCCAGGCGCCCUACUUUGAAAUUUCUAAUGUGAAACCUAUUUGUACAUUUUUUAAUUGAAAUAUGAUUGUAGUAGAGCUCUUAAGCUUUGGGGAGGGAUGGUCUGUCAAUAUGUAAUCAUAACUUUUAAAAAUUUAGAUUGUAUUUGGUAAUAUUACGUUACGUUUUAAAAAGAGGAGUAAUCUUUUGAAGCGCAGUUUUCAUGAUGUAAGAGGUAUUGAGCUUUGUAGCAGAGUGGUUAAGAACACAGUUCUGGAGCCAGACUGCCUGGUUUUGCUAUCUCUUUGACAUUGGGCGAGAUGCUUAACUUCUCUGUGCCUUGCCUCUGCCUAUAAACCUAUAAAAAGAGGUGAAGAAACUACUACCUACCUCAAGGUUGUUGUGAGGCUUAAUGGGAAAGGGACAUGUAUGCACCAGACACACAGUAGACAAUAAUACUAGGGGUUAUUAUAGACAGUAAAAAUAUCUGUGCCCAUCUAUGAAUAAAUAAUUUUUGUUAUUCUCUCCAGUCAUGAGGUAGCAGAGUAAUGUCUUAGACUUUAGCUGAUGCGUUUAAGAAACCUACAUAUAUAAUAGAAGACAUUGUGGAUUCUGUUCUUCCUUCUUGCUAAAAUCUAGAGAUUUACUGUCCCAGCAAUUCUGUAUUAAGCAUACUUGGUUCUGUGGACUGUUAGGGACCAAGAAUAACAGAAAUCUAAGCUAGCUAACCUCUAAGACCUUAAUCUUUAGUGGGGGAAGCAAAUAAGUAAGCAAGCAUAUAAUAAAGAGUAGUAAUUGCUGUUAUGGACAUGUACACAAGGUAUAGUAGGGGUAGUGAGGAAGGUCACUGGAUUAGGCAAGAGAAUGAUGAAACAAAGUCUUUAAGAACAGAUCAUACAUAACUCCAGGGGAUAUGGAUAAAAGGACAUGUGCAGUGGGAGGUUUGGGAAGGGUAUUCCUAAGGCAGAGAGCAUAGCACAUACAAGCAGGACAUUCUAGGAGAGUUGCUAUGUCUAGACUGGUAAGCAGAUAGCAAAGCAUGAAGGGAUAUAUGUGCCAAACUAAAAUUGGAGGAUUUUUUUUUAAGGUUUUAUUUAUUUGACAGAGAGACACAGUGAGAGAGGGAACACAAGUAGGGGGAGUGGGAGAGGGAGAAGCAGGCAUCCCGUGGAGCAGGGAGCUUGAUGGCGGGGCUCGAUCCCAGGACUCUGGGAUCAUGACCUGAGCCGAAGGCAGAUGCUUAAUGACGGAGCCACACAAGCGCCCCACAAUUGGAGGAUCUUAAGCAGGAAAAAGACAGUCAGAUUUACUCAUCAGAUUAGAGAAGAAUGAAACUAGAGGCAGAGAGACUUUGUUAGAAAAUGGAUAGCAGUUCAGGCAAGAUAGAGGCAAAACUAAAGGAAUGACAAUAGGGAAAGGAAAGAUGAAGAACUUAAAAAUUUAGAGAGGAAAAUGAACUCAGCUUGGUAAUCAUUUACAUGUGUGGGGAUGAGAGACCAGACCAGGACCACUCCAUCUGUACUUUCUCCACAUCGUGAAGGGUUGAGUCUUAAGGACAGAAUAUCUCUACUUGGGGAAAGCUGAUUAUGUCAGAAAUAUUCCUGGAGAACCUGAGAUAAAGAACACCAACUCUAACAUAAAGAAAUUAGAUCUGAAAUGGGAGGCAGAGCCUUGAGAAAGAAGCCAGACAGGAAUAGUUGGCAAGUUGUGAGAAGGCAAAAGAAUAUACGUGGGGGUGGGGGGGGUGGGGCUGUAAGGGUUUGGGAGUUGUCUAGCCACAAACGUUGCCAACACUGUUAGAAGAGUCAGUAAGUGCUUGAUAAGUGGGGUACGCUGUACCAGUACAAUGACAUCUAAGUUGGUUGAGUUGGACCUCCCAAAACCCCACCCUCACAUUCCCCCUUAACUUCAGAUGCCUGUUGGAAUAGGGCCAUGUUUUCUCAGGUUUGCAUGGUGAAAUGCUAAGAUGCAUUCUGAAAUAUGAGGUUUUCUCUCUGGUCCUUUUGUCCCAGACCCUUUGCAUUAUGCUCGUCUUCUUAGCCACUCACAGCAGAAGGAAGGUAUUAUUGGAAGUAGAAUAUUUGUAGAAUUUGGUAUACAGGAAAGAUGGAUGCUACUUUGCGAUAGGUGAGUUAGGCUGAGCAAGAGGAGGACCAGAAGAGGUUUAUUAAUUUCUGGAAGGCUAUGCGUUGCCAGUGGGUGCUUCAUGAUUAUCUUUGUUCAGUGAAGGACAGAAAAAGAGGACUGAUAAGCUUAUAUUUAAGUUCCUGGAGAAGCAGCAGAAACCCUGGGAUAUCCUUGUAUUAUAUUAGGUCAGGUAGUCCGUUCUCCUCACAGAUUCCCUAAUCUAAUACAGCACAUCUGUGGGGACACCAAACUUUGACAGGUUUCUCCGAAUUGGUUCAAAGAUGCACCGGUAGAUAACUUGGAACUUCCUAGACCAGGAAUUCCUACAAAGCAAGGCCUGUUAGAAUAAUAGAAACUUAACACCUUAGAGGGAAUUGUCCUACAAUGUAAAAAAACAAGCAAACCUUAUAUUCAAAAAUAUAAUUGCGUGAUUUAAGAUUUGACUUCUCAUGUAAAAUAAGGUGAGAAUACUUUUUCUGCAACACCUUAAUGAUGCCAUAAUUUUAAGACCGUUGUUAAAUUCUGCCAUAUAGUGCCUUACUCGUGUGGUUCUUUUCCAUGGACUUAGGAAUUCAGUGUUCAUUAUUUUAUGAGAGUUAAAAAGUACCUGACCAAAAAAUAACUUCCCAACAAAGUCAGUAUAAGACUUAAAUUCUUUCUGAUUGGCUUGAUAAUUUAGAAGCUGGGUAACUGAAAACAAUCUAUAUACUGUUAGCAAUGGAGAUUUAUAUUUCAGAAAAAUACCAAAUAACUGGAUGUCCUGAACAUUUUAAGGUAGCUCAUUUAUAAAUUAAAGUGUUACUAAAUCUGUAAAUGUUAAGGAUAUUUGUUAUCCAAAUAGAGGAUAUCCAUCAAGGGGGGGUCAAACAGCAUACAGUUCAUCACUGUUGGAGUUCAAACAUUGCAAAGGCUAAAGGCCUUCCUAGGUCUUUAAAUAUCCAAACUAUUGUCAUUUUAGCAUGUAAUUGGUAUAAAAAUUGUCAGAUAUUUUUAGAUGUUUUUUUCAUUUUUGAAAUCUGAUGUAUAUUAUAGCACAUCUGUAUUUGGAAAUAGCCACAUUUUAAGUGCUCGAGAGCCAUAUGUGACCAGGGGCUGAUAGGUCUAGAUGACUCUGGGAGGUUGGUUUUCCACUCUAAUCUGUCCUCACCUAAAUAUUUUUCAAGGUCCUAUAAUUCAAACUUGGUAAAGACCUUGGUCUCUGAAAGUUAAUUAGGUACAAUGCGUGACCAGAGCUAAUCCUCUUUUGUUACUAAACUGAGUCAGAGUUCCCUAAUUUUUUCAGUGAGACCGGAAAUACCUUGAAAAGGUUGAUGAUUUAAGGAAUCCUCUUUAUUUGCUUUCACAAAUGUCACUGGCUUUGUUAUGACUGCAGUUUUGGUAAAGAUGCACAAGCUCUGAAUAACUGAGGCAGUGUUAUAGUUAGGAGUUGGUGUGUUUGUGGUGACCAACAGGAAUUGUAAGCAGUGCUGAUGAAUAGCACUAGUCCGAGUUGUCCCCUGUAUAGAGCCCUGUGGGGACAGUUGCGUGAGUUUCAGGCCUUCUAGCAGUAGUCAACUUUGUACCACAUCCAUGCUUAAACUGCUAAACUUGUCCACCAGACCCUCAUUCACAAAACCGAGACUCUUCAAAUCCUUAGCUUUGACAGUCACCAGUGGUGAAGUCUGAGCUGUCUUCAGUAAGCUGCUCCCUGCUUGUGUGGAGUUCUGUGCUCAAGCGCCCUGUUAAAAGGAGUCAGGGGUUGAAUUGCCAGGGCGUUUGUCCACAAGGAUGGCUACACCAUGGGAAAAGAGGUAUAUUGCACGCUUCAACUUUGGGAUCCCUGCAAGUCAGUAAUCCUUAAAACUUGACUGAAGAUUAGAUCAACUUGGGAGGUAGGAAGGGAAGACAGUUUUUUAAAAAAUGUUAAGGCCUUUACCCCACACCAGAGAUUCUGAGUUAAUUGUUGUGUGUGUGGUGUGUAUACAGCCAGUCUACGACUUUAUCUGGGGUUUUCUCACACCCCAAAUGGAGUGUCAGCCCUUGGGGCGGGGAGCGCCAAGCAUGUCCUAGACCUUUACCGCUAACAUCUCGCUACAUGCCCUCUAGUUCUCUUUGCUCAAACUUACGGCUCUUUUUGACUGAGAAAACCGUGCCUGUAUCUUUACCUAUUCUUCCGACUCCGUGGUUCAUAGAAUAAAUUGCCUGUGUCAGCCAGGCUGGGGUCCUUGAAAAAAAAUUUUUUUUUCCGUUUUGCACACCGAAGUUUGUAGAUUGCUAAAAGCCCUUUCUGCCUCCAGAACUCGGCUCUGAUAAAUCAAAAGCCUUUUAGCUUUCAGGUUCAUGUUUCUUCCUUUGGCUUUAAAAAAAAACUUUGACAUCAAAGUUGAGCAAUGAUGUCUUGCUUUUGAUUCUUGUCUGUCCCUCCUGAAGUAGCAGCUGCCCGUGAGUCACUGAGUGAGUGGCCAUAAGCACCAGCAACAAAAGGCAUGAAAAAUGCGGCAGUUACUAGUUCAGAAAUGGCAUUCUGUUACACCUACCACAAUCACCAGAAAGCCACUAGAGGUAACUGUGAGUAUGUGAGUAGCUGUUGUGUGAUGUUCAUUCUCGGAGCUCUGCUGGUAAUCUUGAAGUCUUCUCAGCCUGAAGAAGAAUGUGUGGGAGUUACUUGAACUGGAACGCAGGGUGAACUGAAGUGUGGGUUCAUUCAUGUAGCACAUAUUUAUUGAACAUUGGAUAGAAGUACAAUACUGUGUGAGACACUGCCUGGACACUGAUGUGGAAAAAAGAGAGUUUCUACCCUUAGGGAGCUUACGAUUUCAGUAUUUUUAGCAAAGGCUGGUGAUGAGGCAUGGCAUAGCAAAUAUAUAAAUAACGUGGUGUGUGAAACCUAGUUCUUGAAUAAGCAUUUGUGUCGGAUCUGUCAAGGCGUAAGAUUAUUAAAGUCCUUGGAAAACACUUUAUGUGACUGUGCGUCUGUUAACAGUUUCAUGUUGGUGCCAGCCUUGGUAUGUGUCAGUGCUGCUCAAACAGGUGAAAAGAGAUGAAAGUUCUGCAAACACGAGGAUUGCAGGAGAGGCAGGAGAGGCAGACAGAUUUGUUAGCUCAUUUCCAUUUUUCAGAGGCCUGGUUCCUCGAUCAGAAUGGUGAUAUAUUUCUAAUGAGAUUUUUUUCCUUCGCAGCUUUUUUUAAAAGCUCCAGUAAGUUACAAUUUGCACACGACAAAAACAUCCAUUGUAAGUGUUGUCUGAUGAGUUUGGAUACAUAGAUACACUUGUGCAGCCAUCACCACAAGAUAGAGAACACUUCCGUCACCCCUCCAAAGGUACCCGAAGCCCCUUUACACCCCAUUCCCACCCAUCCACCGUCCACCCCUAGGCAGCCAUUGAUCUGCUUGUGUCACCGUAGAUUAGCUGAAAACAUUCAGUAUGUCCUUUAUUUGUGUAAGGCUUGUUUUGCUCAGCAUAUCUGUGAGCGGCAUCAGUGUUAUUGCUUGAAUCAGUUCUUUUUUGUUGCUGAGUAGUAUCCCAUUGUAUGACUAUACUACAGUUUGUUAGCCACUCCCCUAUUGGUGGACACUGGGCUCUUUCCAGUUUGGGUUAUUAUGAAUAAAGUGGCUGUGAACACUGAUACAUAAAUCUUUAUGUGAACAUGUGAUUUCAUUUCUCUGCAAUAAAUACCUAGGAGUGGAAUAAUUGAGUCCUCUGGUAAAUAUUUGUUUCACUUUCUAAGGUACUGCCUAACUGUUUUCCAAAGUGACCGUACCAUUUUCCAUUCUCCCCAGUGCUGUGUGAGGAUUUUCCCACAUUAUUGCCAAUACUUGCUGUUGUCAGUAUUUUGAAUUUUGGCCAUUCUCGUGGGUAUGUAGUGGUAUCUCGUGAUUUAGUUUGAAUUUACCUAACCAUUAAUGAUAUUAACAUCUUAACAUUUGUCAUUCCUAUCAUUCUUUUGGUGGAAGGUCUGUUGAAAUCUUUAUCCCAUUAUGUUUAAGUUUUGUGGGGGUAUAAUUUACACACCAUAAAAUCCAUUCAUUUAAAGUGUUCUGAGUUCACCCAUGUUUAGCAUGCAUUCGUAAUUCUGUACUUACUUUUGCUGCAUAGUUUUCUAUUAUAUGGAUAUACCGCAUUUUUUCAUUUAUCAGUUGAUGGAAAUUUGGAUUGUUUCCACUUUUUGGCCAUUAUGAAUAAUACUGCUAUGAACAUCCACUUCAAGUCUUUGUGUGGACAUAGGUUUUUUUCAUUUGUCUUGGGUAAGUACCUAGAAGUAGAAUUGCUAGGCAAGAAGUUUGCCAUCAUUCUUUUAAAAAAAUUUUUUUAAUUCACAUGCCAUAAAAUCUGCCAUUUUGAAGUGUACAAUUCAGUGUUUUUAAAAUGUUCACAAGGCUGGGCAGUCAUCACUGUCUAGUUUUAGAACAUUUACAUCAUUCCGAAAGGAAACCCCAUACCCGUCAGUAGUCAUGCUCAGUUCUCCCCUUGCUCUUGGGAAUCACUAAUCUACUUUGUCUCUCUUUGGAUCUGCCUAUUCGGGACAUUUCAUUAAAAAGGAAUCAUACAAUUUGUGUCCUUUUGUGUCUGGUUUCUUUCAUUUAGUGUAAUAUUCUCAAGGUUCAUCCAUGCUAUACCACAUAUCAGUACUUCAUUUUUUUAAAUGGCUGAAUACUAUUCCACUGUAUGGAUACAUCACAUUCUGUUGAUGGACAUUUGGGUUGUUAACACUUUUUGGCUAUCUUGAAUAAUACUGCUACGAGCAUUUAUUUGUGCACAAGUCUUUUUGUGAACAAAUGUCUUCAAUUACCUUGGGUUAGAAUUGCUGGGUGGGAUGUAUGACGACUUUGUGUUUAACAUCAUGGAAACUGACAGACUUUUUCCAAAGUGGCUGCACCAUUUUAUAUUCCCACCACCAGUGGGUAAAGGUUUUAAUUUCCCCACAUCCUCACCUGACACUUGGUAUUGUCCGUCUUUUUUAACAUAACUAUCCUAGUGGCUAUGAAGUAGUAUCUCAUUGUGGCUUUGAUUUGCAUUUCCCUGACUAAUUAUGUUCAGCAUCUUUUCAUGUGCUUAUUGGCCAUUUGUCUUAUCUUUGGAGAAGUGUUGGUUCAUAUUCUUUCCCCAUUUUAAAAUUAUUUUUUUAUUACUGAGUUUUAAGAAUUUCUUUAAAGAUUUCUUUAUUCCAGAGAGAGAGUACGAGUGUGCUCACACGCAUGGAGCAGGGGGAGGGGCAGAGGGAAAGGGAGAGAGGCAGAUUCCCCGCCAAUCACAGAGCCUGACAGGGCUCCAUCUCAUGACCCUCAGAUCAUGACCUGAGCGGAAAUGAAGAGUCCGAUGCUCAACUGACUGAGCCAACCAGGUGCCCCUUAAGAAUUUUUUUAAUAUGUUCUGAACUCUAGACUUUUGUCAGAUACAUGAUUUGCAAAUAUUUUCUCCCAUUCUGUGCAUUGUCUUUUCACUUUUUUUUUUGAUAGGGACCUUUGCAGCACAAAAGUUUUCAUCUCGAUGAAGUCCAAUUUAUCUAAAUUUUUUUCUUUGACUGCUUGUGCUUUAGGUGUCUCUAAAAAACCAUCGCCUCAUCCAAAGGUACGAAGAUUUACACUUGUUUUCUUCUAAGAGUUUUAUAAUGUUAGCCCUUACAUUAGGUCUUUGAUCCAUUUGGAAUUAAUUUUUAUGUAAAAUGUGAGGUGUGGGGGUCCAACUUCAUUCUUUUCCAUGUGGAUGUCCAGUUCCAGCACCAUUUGUUGAAAAGACUCUUCUUUCCCCCGUUGAAGUAUCUUGCCUCCCUUGUUGAAAAUCAAUUGACUAUAAAUGUAUGGAUUUAUUUCACAACUCUUAGUUUUCUUCCAUUGAUCUUUGUCUGUAUGCCAGUACCAAACUAUAAUCUUGUUAACUAUAUAUUUGUAAUAUGUUUUGGAAUGGGGAAGUGUUUUUGGCUUAGAAAUGGAAGUUUUUCAUGUCACUUGAACUAAAAAUUAGGGAAUGCCAGUUUGUAAAAUAUUAGGGUAGCUUUACAUUUUUGCAUAAACUAAAUGAUGGUGUCAUACAAAUAACGGGAAAGUUCUCAACGGGGCAUUUUUCCCUUACUCGAGUUGAUCAUAAUCUUGGCUUUACAGUAUCUUUACAAAUACCUUCCUGCCCUUUCCCUUGGAUAGCGGGGUGAAAACUGAAACCAUGUUGAUGGUUGCUGUUAAGUAUUUGACUGUCAACUUAGUAUAUAGCUUUCUAAAAAUCCUUCUUUGAGACAGUUCCAAAAAUAAAUACGUUAAGUACUUACACAGUCAAAGGAAAUGUAAUAUUACCUCAAAUCCCACUGUAGGUAGAUAAUCACCCUUAAUACUUGGUGACUAUACUUAUCAACCUGUUUAAUUUUCUUCAUAGCACUUAGCACUGUCUGACCUCAUCAUAUUUGCUUAUUACUCUCCCACCGGAAUGUGGAUUCCAUGAAAGCAGGGAUCUUUUCUGUUUUGUUCACUGCUAUAUCCCCAGAACCUAGAACUGAUUCUGGUGCAUAGUAGCCACUGAAUAAAUAUUUAAGUCGGUGACAGUGUUUUAAAGUAUAUCAUUGUGGUAAUUUUUUGAUGUGUUAACUUUCGUUGAGAUGUUGUGUGAAAGAAAAUUAUCCACCAAUAUCUCUGAAAUUAGAAAUUAAAAAUAUAUAAUAUAUAUAAUUCAAUAUAAAAUGAAACUGUGCAAUCAUCUAAUGCUGGGGGCUUGGUUGACCACACCUAAGCUAGUCACAUCAGCCUUUUGAUCCUGUUCAAGGUUUUGUGUUAGGAUAUUCUAAUGAAAGUGAUAACUUGUAUUUGGAGCGUUCUCUGAGCGCCUUCCAUUGUGCUCAGCACAACUAUCUCAUUUAAUCCUUACAACAACCCUAUCAGAAAGGGAUUUUCAUCCUCAUCUUCACAGAUGAGGAAACUUGAGGAGACUAAGUGAUUUGCCCCAGAGCAAACCAGUGGUACGUAACUGAACUUGAAAUUAUGAAUACAAAUAUCAGGAUUCCUGGCUCCAGAAAUUUGAAAGUAUACUAGCAGGAGUUUGUAGAGCGUUAUAAAGGCAAAGCUCACGGAUCUGCCCUCGUCCCCACGUUCCCUAUUUUCCUUACCCUGCUCUAGAACAACUACCUGACAAACUUUAUUUAUUGUCACUCUUUCUCCUUCCAGAAUAUAAGUGCUGCGAAGUCAGAUUAGUCUGUUAGUUUUGUUCACUGUUGCAUCCAUGGGGUCUAAAACACUACCUGGCAUAUAGUUGGCUCUCAGUAAGCUAAAUAAUAAGACUAACAUACUGGGGAAGUGUGACAAGGAGGCAAAUCUAGUGUAAGGAAUAUUAUCUUUUUACAUUGGAGUUUAUGAACCAAGAAGCAGAGAUACAAGGAUAUUCACUGGAGGGAUGGAGGUCAUGACCGUCAGAACUCAAAUCCAGACCAUUGAGUGUUAGGACUUCUAAGGUGUAGGCUUGGGUGGGACUGGAGUCGGGUGGAUGGGGCAGUGAAGGGGCUUCCUUUUUUCUUGUACUCUUCUGUAAGAUUUGAUUUUUUAUCAUAUACAUCAGUUACUUAAGUAAUAAAAGCAUUUUUGGACUUCAAUUUCUGGCGAUGGCUGACUAAUGUUGAUUUAAAAAAAUAAAUGAAAAAAUAGAAACUCCCAGGUCACUUUUUGGAGGAAAGUCUGUAACCAAGUGGGUUAAUGGAACAUUGGAACAAGAAAGCUACAAGAGUUGUGAUCUGUAAAAGAGGGCUGUGUUGGUGUUCUUGGAGCAGGUGAGGAAAAGAAAUAGAAAAGGCAAUUUUCCUGGGAGUUUUGUGCAGAUUUGCUUUCCUGAAGAUUAGCUCCUUAAGCACGCAUAGUUGGAUGGGCCAAGAUUCUCAGGAUCUGAGCUUGACAGAAGCACAACAAUCUUUGGACAAAGGCUCAUCCCAAGCCUUUAAUGCUUUUUCAAGGUUAAUAUGCAGCAAACAAAGACUCUUGCAAGUUAUGCAAACAACCUGAAUGUGAAUGAGAAUCAACAGAAAUCAGAGAUUACAUAGACUGGUUACUAUAAUUGUCAUUUUUUAAAGUUUACUGAGAUACAAUUUACAUAAAGUAAAAUUGACCCUUUUUAGUGUGCCGUUGUAUGAAUUUUGAUAAAUGUGUGUGCUCACAUACCCGUCAACACAAGAUAGAAAUCAGUUCAUUACCCACAGAAAGUUCCCUAUACUCCCCUACCUCCCCCAGCUCAAGCCUCCAGCAGCUACUGGUCUGUUUUCUUCCCUAUAGUUUUGUGUUUUAAAGAAUGGCCUGUGGGCGCCUGGGUGGCUCAGUUGGUUAAGCGACUGCCUUCGGCUCAGGUCAUGAUCCUGGGGUCCCGGGAUCGAGUCCCGCGCUGGGCUCCCUGCUCAGCAGGGAGUCUGCUUCUCCCUCUGACCCUCCCCCGUCUCAUGCUCUCUCUCUCUAUCUCAUUCUCUCUCUCAAAUAAAUAAAUAAAACCUUUAAAAAAUAAUAAUAAAUAAAAAAAAAUAAAGAAUGGCCUGUAAAUGAAAUCGCAUAUGAUAUGUAGAUUUUGAGCCUGCUUCUUUCACUUAGCUAAAUCACUUGAGAUUCAUCCAUGUUGUUUUAUGUAUCAGUAGUUUGGUCCUUUUAAUUGCUGAGUCGUAAUCCAUUGUGAAUGUACCGUGUUUUGUUCAUCAUUUACUAGUUGAAGGAGAUUUGGGUUGUUUCCAAUUUUUACUGAUGACAAAUAAAGCUGCUGUUAACAUU